GGGCAGAGACAGCGAGAAAUCCCUCUAAGGGGAAAAGAAGCAAAUAACACAUAACAUUAUUUAUCUAGCAUGGGCUUGGCAUAACUCAGACUAUAAGGAUUUAAUUAUCUCUGCUUCCUCGACAAUGCCCUCUCAAUCUAUCAGCCAAGGUAUCGGGCGACUUUCACGUCCACAUUCCGUGAUACCGAUCUUGCUCAGAGCCAGGCAUUCCCGGUCCUUUACAUGCUCACCAAAACAGCAGAAAGCAUCUGAUUGGAGCGCUGUGCAGUACUUGAAAUUUGAAGAUGAGCGUACAAGACCCGUUCGGGACCUCCUAGCCCAAAUCCCACUUCAAUCUCCGAAACACAUUGUCGAUCUAGGCUGCGGGCCGGGAAACUCAACCGCCGUUCUCGCAGCCCGCUAUCCACAUGCCCAUCUCGAGGGAAUAGAUUCUUCUCCUGACAUGAUCAAAAAAGCAAGAGAAGUGUUACCGAACAUUCCUUUCAGCAUAGAAGAUCUGAAUUCCUACGUACCGAAUCAGCCUGUGGAUCUCUUCUUCUCAAACGCUGUUUUCCAAUGGCUGCCAUAUGCGGACCGCAUCAAUGUCAUAGCCCGACUUAUCCAGACGCAGCCAUCUGGUGGUGUCUUUGCCUUGCAAGUGCCGGAUAACUUUCUGGAGCCUUCGCAUAGCGCAAUGAGAGACACCGCGACCAAGGGACGCUGGGCAGCGACACUAGAUCACUUCCAGCCGGCACUGGACCCAUUUCAGUCAGUGCAGGAAUUAUACAAUCAUCUAAAGCCUCUCUGUUCCACCAUCAACAUGUGGCAUACGCACUAUCAUCAUGUGCUUGAAAAUCAUGAGGCGAUUGUAGAAUGGGUCAAGGGAACCGGAUUGAGACCCUUUAUCGACCCGCUUUCCUCAGGCGAGAGAGGGGGGUUCCUCGAGGCCUACCUGGAGCGACUGAAGCAGAUAUAUCCUAUUUCGUAUGAUGGCAAGGUGGUUCUGCGAUAUCCACGUCUAUUUGUUGUUGCAGUACGAGCAUGAAAUGUUUCGACUUUGAUCCUCUUGAAUUGUUGGUUUAACGUUUGAAGAGUUAAGCGUUGUAUAUCUCUGCCUGGCAUAUCCGUUUUAGGAUGCAAAAGCUACACUAGUAAUGUUCAAACCUGAUCUAUUCCCAAAUCCAAGUUCAAUAUGCUCCGUACAGUCGUACUUCAUGGACUCCCGUACCAACUUUACAAGCUUUUGUAGAUAUUCAAAGUAUCAGCUGUAACUUGAGAACGAUUUUAGUAUAUAACAGCCGGCUAUGAAAUGGCUAAGAUCUAGUUGAGUGGAUGGUUAAACUCGGAAAUAAUAGUGACAUUAGGGACAACUAGGAAAGUCACUCGUGAAA